AUGUUGCAGUUGCGUGCCGGCGAUGGUCCAGCACGAAAGUUGUUGCAUAUUUGCUAUUUUGAUUGGCCGGACAAGGGAACGCCAACAAGGCCGACCGAAAUGUUGAAUCUAAUUGCGGACAUUAAUUACAAUCGAAAGCUGAUGAUGGACGAAGCUGAAAAGAGUGGAUGGCUGAAGGCCGGAACUCAAUCACCACUUGUUGUGCAUUGUUUGGCGGGUGUUGGGCGAAGUGGAACAUUAGCUGCGUUAGAUAUUUGUUGCCGAAAAUUGGAUUAUACCGAAAAACAACAAACAGGACCGUUAGUGGACGUCAAGGACACAGUGCUCCGUUUGAGAAGUCAGCGAGAAUUGGCCGUUCAGAGUCCAGAACAAUAUCUUUUCUUACAUUUGGCCGUUAUUGAAUAUGCACUUCGACAGCACUAUUAUGAUGACGUUGAUACGAUUGAUUUGAGUAGUUUUAGUGGAUACAACGGUUGA